CGCAGCGUAGUCCUCCCGGCUGUCUUGUUCCUGUUGUCUUUGCAGAAUCCAGGUUGCGUGGUAGUGCAUUCUCAGGAGGGAACGUGGCGGGUAAGAAAGAGUUGAAUGCGCUGGUUUGGGUUUGGCUUCAAUGCCUUUGCUCAAAUAUGCGUCCAGGAGAAGUCCGAUAAGGAGGAAAGCAGCAGCGCUGUAAGGGUCCCCACGCAGCUGAAGAACCAUGUGGGCAGAAGUAAAAUCAGAGCAAGUUGGAGCCGGACAGCAUCGUUGUUUUUAGAUGAGGACAGGCGUGUGCGCCUGGCUGGUUUCUCUGCAUCCAUCUCCGGCGAGCCCUUGGGUCCUGCUGUGCUGGACACCCGGGGCUGUGAAGAUGCAGUAAUCAGUGAAACGCACCUCACCCUUGCUUUCCCGGACAGGAUUGAGUCCUGGGACCUGCAGAGCAAGGAUGAGGCUCCGUCGUGGAGAACGGAGAUAGUCCAUCGGUCGCAGAGCUCAGAUGUGCAUUUGCCAUUGGUACCAGGAGGAUACGUAGCCUCUGAACCCCCCAUUUUCCGCCCCUUGCCUUCUCACCUCCAAGCCAAGAGCCUGGCACUGGGUGGAGGACAUGCCAUCCUUCUGACUGCUGCUGGAGCUGUUUAUACCUGGGGCCAGGGCAGCCACGGUCAGCUGGGGCAUGGAGGACUCAUCCCUGAGGAGGAGCCCAGGACAGUGGAGGCUCUGUGGGGGAUGUCUAUGAGGUCUGUGGCGGCAGGAGGUUGGCACUCUGUCUGCAUUGGUGAUGGGGGUGACCUCUAUGUGUGGGGCUGGAAUGAAAGCGGCCAACUUGGACUUCCAUCAAGAGGUCUGAGGAAGACCUCCCAGCAGAAAAGUGACCAGCAAGCAGGAGGACUAUGCGGCAGUGUCGGCACAUGUCCUGCUGAAGACCCACACGAGGAAGUGUUCAUCUCAAUCCAGGCAUUCCCAGCUCUGGUCGAUGUCAGUCCGACGUGUGAGAUCAGGACGGUCAGCUGUGGCUCUCGGCACACAGCUGCAGUAACAACAACGGGCUGUCUUUACACUUGGGGAUGGGGAGAAUACGGCCAACUUGGACACCAAACACCUGCCAGUUUAGACGAGCCUCAGUGUGUGGAGUUUUUCAGGAAUGAGAACCUGCAUGUUGUCGAUGUGGUUUGCGGGCCGUGGAAUACGUUUGCUGCAGCCGUCGAGAAGGAAGUACUGGAUCUGAAAAAUGUCCCAGAAUCACCCCUGUGACCACUUACAUUGGACUUUGGACUGCCUGCCAGGAAAUAUCAGCAAAUACCUUAACGUUUAUGAUUAAAUAUGUUUUGUAAUGUUUGUUCAUAUGAUAAAGGAAGCGUUUGUGACCAAA